UCUCGCACAAUUUUGGGUGAUGCAUUAGCUUGAGUUGAUUUAUAAUUUGUUAAGAAAAGAAUUAAAGCUCAACAAGCCUGUUUGAGCUUAAGUCAUGUUAAUUUCAGAGUAGUGGAGUAGUCCCUAACAUUUCUUUUCAGUUUCCUAGUUUCUCGAAAAAGAAUUUGCCAGUCAACGCGAACCAGGUUUAAAUUUUAUUGUGCUUCUGUUAAACCAAAGCAUAGAGGUUUAACAGUUGCUGUUGCUGAUAUCAAAUCUUACACAACACCUAUUUUAUAUGCUGGUACGCUGAUGAUUUGUUAGCUAUUAUUUUGUACAGGUUUUAAGAUUCCAAAUAUGACCUCAACAGCCAUGAAAGGCACAACAGAAAUUAUUUACAUUUCUGACGAUGAACCAAAUGAUUGUGUGAUAGAUUCUGCUAGUUCAUGUUGGAAAUUAGAUAUUCAAGCCAUAAGUAGUGAUGGCAAAGGAUUUCAUAACUUGCAAGAAGUUGUAUCUCGAAGUAACUUGACUAAUUUGGAGAGUAGCAACACAACAAAAGUGUCGUUGGACGUAAAAAAAAAUCAUGAUGAAAUAUCCAGUUCGUCAAAACAUCAAAGUCCAAUUAAAACUUUUAGUGUUUACAUUUCUUCUACCGAUGGAUCGCGUCAAUGGUUUGAUGUUGUACCAUACAAAGCUAAAGUAAAAAUCGGUUCCAACAAUGAUGGUAGUCAACCAAGUUCCUCGCCGAAAACCGCUUCAUUACAAGAUAUCCGUGAUGACCAUCAAUACAGUUCCACAUCUUUACCUGAAAAUUCAGACAAAGAGAACGGGAAAGCACCAAGUUCCAAGAAAUCGCGAAGAAAACUUGUUUCUGCAGAGGAGUGCGACAUCUGCUCACCCCCGUAUCACACAUGCAAACAGUUUGCAAACGUUACCGGCAAUUUCACACCAAGUAGGAGGAACAUCAAAUUGAAUAAAUUUCUCGCGUUCAAGCCAGGCACUUUGAGAAAACGAAAAGACCUACAAACAGAAAGAAUUGACCAGGCCAGAAUGCGGAAGAUUAAAACGAAAAGAAGACCUUUCUGGCAGUGUAUUUAUUGUGAAAAGAUAUUUCAGUUGGCGGGUUAUUGCGAACAACAUGAAAUAAAUUGCCGUGAAGGAAACAGGGGUAAGCGGUCGAAUGUAUUGGCAAGUCAACUGAAAUGUCCGAGCCAUCCUCAGAAAUAUCUGUAAAAAAUUGGAAGAGAAUUAAUGGCGCUCAAGAUGUAUGGCAAGUAGUCGGCGCUAAUUUUUCGCGUCUAGGGAAUGUUCAAAUAGUAUUGUAACGAAGAGAUAGUUCAGAAAGGAAAGGCAGUGUAAAACGUAGUCUAAAAAGUAGUGACACAAAGUCCAAAAAUAAUUUUGGAUAUUCCGCCUAUUUGGCCACUGUUUAAUUUUAAUAGUGAAAUUUUUGUGAAGAUUGUUAUAUCCAGAAAUACGUCCUCAAAGGGAAUGUACAUUUUUAUUUUGCGGAUGAUUUCUGCAGAAACCAAGAAGAAUUUCCAAUAAACAAGUACAGUUGCCUUUUAAGUGAGUCCUUCACCUUGUUACCAGAAAAGGAUUUGAAACUAUUUGAUCUGUGGCAACUUGCUGUAUUUGCGAGUAGAUCACAUGUAAUGAAAACUUCAUGUAAGUUA